AUGAUCGAUAAUAACGAUCGCGGAGAUGUUUCUCAAUCCAACGGGAGCCGCAGCAUUGCAUCACAAGCAAUUUGUAAUUCCUCAAAAUACUCCAGCAGCGACAUUGAGCGAGAACACGUUACGGACAAGAGCGGAGGCCGUUCUGAAGCCAGUGGGAGCGACGACACCCCGGUGGCUAAGGAAAUGGAAAGCCAGAAGAACGAAGCGUGCGAUUUGUUCGAGGGAAAGUGGGUGAAGGAUGAGAGGGGGUCGCCGUACACGAGCACCACCUGUCCGACGCUGCCAGACUCAAAGAACUGCGGCAAGUACGGGAAGGAUCAGGGUUUCGUGUAUUGGAGAUGGAAACCUGAAGGUUGCGAGUUGCCGAGGUUCGACGCACGCAUGUUUUUGAGGGUUGUUCGGGGAAAGAAGUUGAUGUUUGUUGGGGAUUCUCUAGCGAGGAACAUGAUGGAGUCUUUGCUGUGUCUGCUGUCUCAGGUCAGCUACUGA